AUGCUCGCGUCUACCUCGCCCCUCUCGAAACCACUGAACACACAACAACACUCGCAGUGGUUGGCUCCCACCCUUCGCCUGUUGUCACGGACAACAACCAAAAACUCCGAAAAUCUCACCGCCUGGCUAGCUGGAAAAAUUAAAGAGGCGACUUCAAAAACGGAGGCAUUCAUGUACGGCCAGUCGUCUUGUACGGUUGUGGAUGCGGUGGCCUGUGUUUGUGUGUGUAGAAGUCGAGCGAAAAUCGGAGCUGCUGCCUGCGAUUCAUUCUGCCCCAUGGGCGCCCAGGCCACAGCGCGCCUUCUGGACUUAUCUCCGUCCCUAAAAGACCUCAACACGGAGUCCUCGGUGGUGGACCAAUGUCUCAACGACCUCAGUACUCUUAUUGGCCGCCUGGAGAAACAGGGUGCCUCAUCAGGGUUCUCAGCUAAUCAGGUGACAAGGGGCAGCCGGUUGUCUGAUCGCUUGAGCAUCCUUUUCCUCCCCUCAAAGUGA